GUGUAACUUUGUUGAAACUAUAACGAAUGGCAACUGCAUCGUGUUUUUCAAGCUCGUUCGUUUGCCUCUGGUGAACUUUCUACAACUUGCCUUGCACAUCCUUAUCGUGCACGGGAACCACGUGCUGUGUGAAUGGACAUUCUGGAGGCUGCAAGCAGAGCAGAAGCGUCUACAUCCUGAAUCGGCCUCCGGCUAAUUCCUGCUUUGGGCAAAAUUCUCAGGUGGCAUGGCUGAACGGGUCCUGGUUGUCGGCGGAGGAGGGCGGGAGCAUGCUCUGGCGUGGAAGCUGGCCCAGUCGCCGCACAUCCAGCAAGUCCUGGUGGCACCGGGGAAUGCCGGGACGCUGGACUGCGGCAAAAUCAGCAACUCUGAGGUGUCUGUGAGUAACCACGCCAUUUUGGCUCAGUUCUGUAAGGACCAUCAUGUUGGGCUGGUUGUGGUUGGCCCUGAGGUUCCCCUCGCAGCGGGUAUCGUGGACGACCUCAUGGCAGCGGGAGUGCCAUGUUUUGGCCCGUCUUCCAAAGCCGCCAAGUUAGAGGCCAGCAAGAGCUUUUCUAAGGCCUUCAUGGAGCGCCACGGCAUCCCCACGGCACGCUACGGCUCCUUUACCGACCCCGAGGAGGCUUGCGGCUACAUCCGCUCGGCUGACUUUCCGGCACUGGUCGUGAAAGCCAGCGGCUUGGCGGCAGGGAAAGGAGUUAUUGUGGCGCAGGACUGUGAAGAGGCCUGUCGGGCAGUGAUGGACAUCAUGAAGGACCGAGCGUUUGGCUCUGCAGGGGACACGGUUGUAGUUGAGGAGCUUCUAGAAGGAGAGGAAGUAUCUUGUCUGUGCUUCAGUGACGGCUCUUGGGUGUCGCCGAUGCCUCCGGCACAGGAUCAUAAACGUCUGCAAGAUGGCGAUCGAGGACCAAACACGGGCGGCAUGGGUGCCUACUGUCCCACUCCUCAGGUGAGCCAGGAGUUGCUGGAGCAGAUCCGAGAGCUGGUGCUUCAGAAGACUGUGGAUGGAAUGAAGCUGGAGGGAACUCCCUACGUUGGUGUUCUGUACGCCGGGCUGAUGUUGACCCAGCAGGGAAUCAAAGUUCUGGAGUUCAACUGUCGCUUUGGAGACCCUGAGUGUCAGGUCUUGCUUCCCUUGCUGAAGAGCGACUUGUAUGAAGUCAUCUUGAACACUAUGAACGGGAAGCUGGCCUCCAGCGCCCCCGAGUGGCAUCAGGACAAAUCUGCAGUCACAGUGGUGAUGGCGAGUGCCGGCUAUCCUGGUGCCUACAGCAAGGGCGUGGCGCUCACUGGUCUGUCCCAGGUUGAGGACAUGGGGAUUCAGGUGUUCCACGCAGGUACAGCGCUGAAGGACAAACAAGUCGUUUCCAGCGGCGGCCGUGUCCUGACAGUCACAGCGGUCAGGUCCUCGCUGGAGGCUGCGUUGCAGGCGGCCAAUCAAGGCGUGGCGGCUGUUGGCUUCCCCGGUGCUGUGUUCCGCCGCGACAUUGGCCACAAGGCCAUUGCCCAUUUGAGGCAACACAGAGGCGCCAAUCAUCAGACGUGUGCUGUGACAGGCGCCAUACAUAGCAAUGAUUUGACUGUCUCUGACAGAGGCCUAACCUAUAAAGAGAGUGGCGUGGACAUCGCCGCUGGCAACAAACUUGUAGACGUGAUCAAGCCACUGGCCAGGGCAACUUCCCGUCCAGGAUGUGAUGCAGAGCUGGGAGGUUUUGCUGGACUGUUUGACCUUAAAGCUGCAGGGUUCAUUGACCCGAUCCUGGUAUCUGGAACUGAUGGAGUGGGAACCAAACUAAAGAUUGCCCAGGCAUGUGGGCAGCAUGGCAGCUUGGGUCAGGACCUGGUGGCCAUGUGCGCUAACGACGUGCUGGCUCAGGGAGCCGAGCCGCUCUUCUUCCUGGACUACUUCUCGUGCGGCAACCUGGACGUGGAUGUGGCCGCCGCGGUAGUCGCAGGCAUCGCCAAAGCGUGCGAGCUGGCCCGCUGCGCUCUACUCGGGGGCGAGACGGCAGAAAUGCCCGGCGUCUACGUUCCGGGAGAGUACGACCUCGCCGGGUUCUGCGUGGGGGCGGCGGAGCGGGGAGCCCUGCUGCCUCGGCUGGCGGACAUCGCAGAGGGGGACAUCUUGAUCGGCGUGGCGUCCUCUGGAAUCCAUAGCAAUGGCUUCAGCCUAGUGCGCAAGGUCUUGGAGCGAACGCAUCUCAGCUACUGCUCCCCAGCACCCUUUGGUAAUCCAGGACAGACUGUUGGAGAGGUUUUGCUGACACCGACAAAGAUCUACAGUCGUGUCCUCCUUCCAAUCCUGCGCAGCGGUGCGGUCAAAGCGUGCGCUCACAUCACUGGAGGAGGACUUUUGGAAAACAUCCCUCGGGUCGUGCCCCAGGAGCUGACUGUAGAUUUAGAUGCGUCUCGUUGGAGCAUCCCCUCAGUGUUUUCCUGGCUGCAGAAGGAGGGCGGCCUAAGCGACUGCGAGAUGACCCGCACCUUCAACUGCGGCCUGGGUGCGGUGCUGGUGGUGGCCCCCGCGGACGCUCAGAGGGUCCUGCGGCAGCUGCGAGCCCAAGAGGAGGCCUGGAUUGUGGGCACGCUCGCUCACAAGCCACCUGGUGCGGAGUCUGUGGUGGUCCGUAAUCUCGACCACAGCCUGCUAAACGCUGGUCCAGCCUCCAAAAAUGGCAGUUGCCUCUCUGAUAGCAGCAUUCCUCACAAAAGGACCAAAGUUGGGGUUCUCAUCUCAGGCACAGGGACCAACCUCCAAGCGCUCAUCGAGCAAGCCAAGCGUCCGUCGAGCUGCGCGGAGAUCGUAGUGGUCAUCUCCAACAAGCCUGGAGUUCAGGGCCUCAAGAGGGCUGCACUGGCUGGCAUCCAGACACGGGUGGUGGACCACAAACUGUACGGAAGCCGAGCAGAAUUUGACAGCACCAUCGACCGCGUGCUGGAAGAAUUUGGGGUGGAACUGGUGUGUCUGGCUGGAUUCAUGCGCAUCCUCACAGGAUCCUUUGUCAACAAAUGGAACAGUAAGCUUUUGAACAUCCAUCCAUCCCUGCUGCCCUCAUUCAAGGGUGUGAAUGCCCAGAAGCAAGCUCUCCAGGCCGGGGUGCGGCUCAGUGGCUGCACAGUCCACUUCGUCGCAGAGGAGGUGGACGCGGGGGCCAUCAUCGUGCAGGAGGCCGUGCCGGUGUUCAGCGGCGACACAGAGGAAAGUCUUGCUGACAGAAUCAAAGAGGCCGAGCACCGGGCCUUCCCUGCCGCUAUGGAGCUGGUCGCCAGCGGAGCUGUCCAGCUGAGUGAAGACGGACGUGUUGUCUGGAGGUCCAAGUUACAGCAGGAGGACUAAGACCGUCAAGUAAAUGUGCAGUGUGACACUGGAGGAAGUUAUACCUUGGUAAGGGGUGUGGGGGUAGACAAUCCAAAUGCACAUGAAUGCUGAAUGCUUGGUGGUUGAAUGAAAGUUACGCACAUUAAAGCAACAUCUCUGCAGGA